GCUCGUUGCUGCUAUAGAUAGAUAGUCGCAACUCCUACUCGCGGGCGCACCCUUCCGCCCGGACGCGUCCAUAUGAACCUCAGCGCCCGGCGAAAAGACGGUGGCCACACGGCGCCGAUGUCGACGUCGACGCGGCGCGAGAAGGCCGAGGCGAUCCUGCAACGCGAGGCGGUCAAGAGCGACAAGCGGGCGGCUCUUGAACAAGUGCUUGUCGCCAAGCUCUUGAAAAAGUACGCGCCGGACGACGCCGACUUUAGCCGCGUCAUUGUGUCACUGGUCGCCAAGCUCGUGCGCAGCGCGUCGAAGCUCGUCGAAGCCGACAUUGCGGCGCUCGAGAAGACGGUCAAGAAGCUCUACGAUGAGCGGGCGCGAAAGGAGCGUCACGUCGAGGAGCUCAAGCAGCAACCUGUUCGGCGCCCUGCGCCUCAAGACGCGCUCGAUUCCAAGGUGGCCGAGUUUCGCCCGCACACGAGCCAGCGAAACGAGCCAAGAAAGCCGCCCGAAGUCGACCUCAAGACGACCGACGAAUGGGUGCUCAUCAACGCUCUCAACAUUGUCGAGUUUGAAGAGUCGGAAGUCAACAACUUGAAGAAGAAGCACACCAAGACGGUCCAGCAGCGCGAGUGGCUCGACGUGCAAAAGCGCGAGAAAGAGCGCAAGCUGGAAGAGGCCCGUCGCGAGAAGCAGCUUCUGUACAAAGAGCAAGUCUCGGGCUACGACAAGUGGAAGAUGGACGAAAUGGCCAAGUCGCGCAAGGUCAAGGACGCGGUCGACCACAUUCGCAUGGAGCGCGACCAGCAGCUUCACGACGCAAAACUCCGGCAGAUCGAAAUCGAGCGGAAGAAGCAGCACGAAGAAGCGGUCGAGGUCGAGCGCUGUCAGCGCGAACUGCGGCGCGUCGAGGACGAGGCGCUGGACCGGAAGCGCGCCCAGCACGCCCGCAUGCACGCACUGCUCAAAGAAAAUAGCCUCGUGAAAGAGGCCAAGGACAAGGCCAAGCACCUCGAUACGCUCCAGGACGUCAAGAUGAUGGACGAGUACGCUCGGAAGCUGGAGAAGGAAGAGGCCGACCGCGUCAAAGCACUUCAGCACAAGCUCCAGCGCCAAGACCGACUGGACAAGGGCGGAGCCAUCUCGAUCUACGAACAGCUGCAGCAAAAGGCGCUCGAGGACGACCGGCGCGCCGACAAGUACCAGCGCCAGAAGCUCGAGACCGACGUGGAGCGCGAGCUGCGUGAAGCCCGCGAGCGCAAGCAAGAGGCAAUGGACCGCAGUCGGUAUCUCACGUUCCAGCACGACCUGAAGGUGACGAAGAAGCAGCAGCAGCACCUCGAAGAGCUGGAGUACUCGCGAAAGUGCCAAGAUGAGGGCGAGGCCGCACAGCGAGAGACAAGGCACAAGCUCGAGGUGGCCAAAGUCCGCAACAAGGAGUACCAGGCGCUCCUUCUACAGCAAAUGUCCGAGCAAAAAGUCAAGAAGACCUCGGUGCUCAAGGCUAUGGACGCGCGGGAGAAGUCGCUGAACGCGGUCAUCUUGCGCAAGCUCGACGACGACCAUGUGAGUACCAAGGUGGUCGCCAAGCUCAGCCCCGACAAGGUCGGCCGGCCGCUGCCCCGCAACAACAUCUUCUAGUGCUAUACAUACAUACCGGACGCGUCGUCUCUCGUAUGUUGUAGUUGUACGCAGUUCGAUAGACAAUAUCUGUGCACAGCAGGUCGAAAAUCGGACGACCGGCAUUCCUUUGGAUAAACACACGCCACUUUGCA